CCAGAGAGUGAAACUGCCUGUCGAGAGGUAGCAGGCUAGCGAAUCGAAAACAUGGUAGCAUCGAAAUCUUUUACGUGGCACACGUCGAUUUGCGGUGCGCUCCUAGCCUUUGGACUGCUAGGGGGAUACCUGGUGCAGCUGGUCGGAUCACAAGAUGACGCAGAAGCCCGACCGUGGUACGAGACCCUCCCGGCUGUGGCCAUGGACUACAAAGUGCACAUCGAGGCUGGCAAGGAGGACUGCUACUACCAGUACGUUCAACCGGGCAGCACUUUCUACGUUAGCUUUCAGGUGAUCCGUGGCGGAGAUGGGAUGGCCGGAUUUGCGGUGCGGAAUCCCCGAGGCGAAAUCGUUCACCCGUACCAAUGGCAAGCGUCCAGUGACUACACAGAUGGUGCCUCGAUGGGAGGAUACUAUGCCGUCUGUAUUGACAAUCAGUUUGCAAAGUUCGCGAGCAAACUGGUCAAUAUGUAUCUGACUGUUAUUCGGUACGACGAAUGGGAAAAGUACACGAGGGAAAUCGAAGACCUCAACGUCAACAUGAACAACUUCACGAACACGAUAUCGACGGUGGAGCGCAACCUGAACUCGAUGUUCCAGCACCAGGCGUACUCGCGCAACCAGGAAGCCCGGGACUACGCCCUGAUCGUGGACAACAACUCGUACGUGCAAAAGUGGUCCCUGCUGCAGAUCAUCGUCAUCAUGCUGACCACCUCGGUUCAGGUGUACUUCGUGCGGAAGCUGUUCGACGUCAAAAUGGGCAACAGUAAAAUGGGAAUCUAGGGAAUGGUUAUGACGACGUGACCACGGUUGUGAGGAUAGAUUGUUUUUUUUUUUCGUAUACCAUUCCAAACCUGAAACAUGAGCACAAUAACAAAAAAAAGAACAAGAAACCAGAAGUCUCGAAUGGGAAAGCAAUUCGGGCUAGUGAGAGCGGGGUGAGAAGCGCAGGGGAGUUUAGUUAUUUUGAGAUUUUUGUCUGUAUUAGGUACGUUGAGUUCAGUGUCAAUUUCCCGAUCAAAUUGAUGAAGCUUCUGUCCUGCGAAGAUUGUACUUAUGUCACUUCAGAAGUGUCAUUCUCGCAAUCAAAUUCAAGCAUUGUUUUAGUUCGUCCAGAUAGUAAGGUCGAUUAUAUGAAAUAUAUAAUAAUGGUUCACAAA